AUGGCGCACGGGCACGGCCACUGCAGCUGCUGCUGCGGGGAGGCGGCGGCGGGGUCCGGCGGGGACCAGGAGCGGGGGGCGGCUUGGGGUCUUUACCUGCGUAUCGACCGACAGCGGCUGCAGUGUCUCAAUGAGCGCCGCGAAGGUAGCGGUGCGCUCGUCUUCCGCGCUUGGGAGGAGCGCAAAGACCGCACCCAGUUCGUGGAAAGCGAUGAUGACGAGGAGCUGCUGUUUAACAUCCCGUUCACCGGCAACGUGAAGUUAAAAGGAGUAAUUGUGGUGGGAGAAGAUGAUGAGACGCACCCGGCAGAGAUGAGGCUGUUUAAGAACAUUCCUCACAUGUCCUUUGAUGACACAGGCAGAGAGCCAGACCAGAUGUUCAGCCUGAACCAAGAUCCAGCGGGGGACCUGGAGUAUCCCACCAAGAUUGCUCGUUUCUCCAAUGUUUACCACCUCUCCAUCCACUUUUCAAAGAACUUUGGAGCAGAAACAACGAAGAUUUUUUAUAUAGGCCUGAAAGGAGAGUGGACAGAGGCUCACCGCCAUGAAGUCACCAUCUGCAAUUAUGAAGCAUCAGCAAACCCAGCUGAUCACAAGCUGGAACAGAUCACCCCCCAGACUCACUUAAUCUCCUAAGAGUGCUCUGGGGAGUCUCCUGAAGGCUGUGGUGUGAAGUGAAUGGACACACUAGGCUGACUCAGACAGCAACGGCUUCCUCAAGCACUGGAGUGUUGAAUCAGCUUGGACGUUGUGGUCUUUGCCUUGGGAAGCAGAGUGCCACCUGUGCCGUGCCUGUAGGAAGGUGGCCGCUGACGGCAGCGGCGUGUUGGGUCUCGCAGGAGGCAGCAGCUGCC